GCGCGGCGCAGAGGAAGGCGGCUACCCUGGACAGCGCAUCGCGGCCGCGCGGCCAUGGAGCAUCUGAAGGCCUUUGAUAAUGAAGUUAAUGCUUUCUUGGACAACAUGUUUGGACCACGAGACUCUCGAGUGCGAGGGUGGUUCCUGUUGGACUCUUACCUGCCUACCUUCGUUCUCACCAUCACAUAUCUGCUCUCGAUAUGGCUGGGUAACAAAUACAUGAAGAACAGGCCGGCUCUUUCUCUCAGGGGAAUCCUCACCUUGUAUAACCUGGGAAUCACACUUCUUUCUGCGUAUAUGCUGGUGGAGCUCAUCCUCUCCAGCUGGGAAGGAGGCUACAACCUGCAGUGUCAGAAUCUGGACAGUGCGGGAGAAGGAGAUAUCCGGGUAGCCAAGGUCUUGUGGUGGUACUACUUCUCCAAACUAGUGGAGUUCCUGGACACGAUUUUCUUUGUUCUUCGAAAGAAGACCAGUCAGAUCACCUUCCUUCAUGUCUACCACCAUGCCUCGAUGUUUAACAUCUGGUGGUGUGUUCUGAACUGGAUACCUUGUGGUCAAAGCUUCUUUGGACCAACCCUGAACAGUUUUAUUCAUAUUCUCAUGUACUCCUACUACGGACUCUCUGUGUUCCCGUCCAUGCACAAGUACCUUUGGUGGAAGAAAUACCUCACCCAGGCUCAGCUGGUGCAGUUUGUGCUGACCAUCACGCACACCCUCAGUGCCGUGGUGAAGCCCUGCGGCUUCCCCUUCGGCUGUCUCAUCUUCCAGUCUUCCUAUAUGAUGACACUGGUUAUCCUGUUCCUAAACUUCUAUGUCCAGACAUACCGAAAAAAGCCAGCGAAGAAAGAGAUGCCAGAGCUGCCCGCAGGGAAAGAGGUGAAGAAUGGUUUGCCCAAGGCCCACUUGGCCGCAGCUAACGGUGUAACAAACAAGAAGGUGCAAUGAACGGAGUGAUGGGAAGCAUCACAAGUGCAGCAGCCCAACAGAUGAGCUUGUUUUAGAGCCAAGACUGAAUUGAAAGUUGUCUGUUUUAGCAUAAACUAAUUCCUUUUGAGUUUGUAAAUCAUUUGUACCCAGAAUGUAUUAUAAUGUAUUGCUAUUAGGUUACUCUAUUAACUGAAGCGAUGCCGACCUCUACAAACCUCAGAACAGGUGCAGCGCCCCCCCUCUCCUGAACUCUUCGUAAUGCCUUAUUCACGCAGAAAACCGGGAGACACGGGCUUUGUUUUUCAUGGCAAGUCUUCAGAGUUAAUUUUCUUUAGAUUAAAUGUGUAAAAUAAAAUGUUAAUUAUAUUGUAAAUGUCAGGGUCUGCUCUAGUCCAUGUCAAGCAAUAACUGUCAGUGCAUAAAUCGAUGAUUAGUCUACUUGCUCCUUAAGGUAUCCACCCUAGGAAGCGUUUAAAUGGAAUCCUUAACAAAAGACAGAAUCUAGCAUCACCUCUCCCUCUCUCAAGCCAGGGAGGCAGCUACAUUUUUAACCACUCUGAUUCUAAAUUUAGUGAUGUAGCAAUGAGAUUCAUUUUUCUUCAACACAGUUUGAAGAUUAGUCAUUCUAUGAACGAACAGCUUCGUGAGCUAGGUAUGGUGGCAUAUACCUGUGAUCCCAAGUGUUUGGGUAUCAAGACAGCCUGGGCGACAUGGGCACAAGAAGACCUUGUCUCAACUAGAAAACAAUUCUUUUGCCAAAUCAUAACUCAGGGGCUUUGGGCAGGAGCUGUCUCUCCGUUUCAAUUAGCUUCCUUACUUAUACAUUCCUGUCUACCUCCCUUGCUGAUCUGGAUUCAGAGAGUCACAUUCUCCAUAUCAAAAGCUGGGUCUACACAUAGCUGCCAUGUCUUUUCUGAACAAAGGCUGGAGUCCACUUGCAGUUCUCCUUGGCACAGAAAUGCGACAGGGAUACUUGUAAAUCAUAAUCAACAGAGCCAGGGGCAAAACAGACAUCCCAUUUUUCAGCUGUUGCUUCUGAGCCUAUUCAUGAAUAUUAGCCCAAGUAGUUGCUACUAGUCUUCCUAAGUUUACAUUUCAGAAAACAGAAAAGGAUGUGGUCAUUUGGAAAUAUCCCGUGGGCUGGGAAUAAGCCACAGUAAGAGUGCAUCUGGCCUAAGCAGCACAUGCUUUCUCUGCUCAGAACUGUGGUCUCCACUGCGAAGCCAGCACAGAGGCAGACCGAGGCCCUGGCCACUUCCUUCCCCCCAUUGAUGCACCACCACUGUUAAACUCUACCAAGCAUGAGACAGGACAUUUCCCAAAACUCACACAAAACAUGACUUAGUAACUUGGACUACGUUUCCUCCAUUUUAGCGCUAUGUGCCUGGGUCGUGGCUCUGGCCUCCAGCACAUGACAGGCUUUUCUUACGUGCCAACAGAGGUGCUGCCCACCCCUGUCUCCCCUCUCUGGGCAAGCUCCCAUUUUACUUUUCCCUGUUAAAAAUUGUACUGACUUUUUCAACUGAGUAUUCCACCCUUCUCGGUGGUAUAUUUGGACAAACACUGCAGUCCUUGUGUCCUGUGCCAUCCCACACUGUCACUCCUGUUGGACAAGCUCCUCCUGUCUGCUCACCACCUACUCUUCCAUGUGUUUGCUAAAUGAUUUUCUCAAACUGAUCUGCUCCCAGGUGCUUCUCCGCCAUCUCCAGUGACUCAGACUCGAGCUAGAAUGUUAUUCUUUCCCAAGCAUUGGUUUUAAGGGCUAGCUCUGAGAAUGAUAUUGUUCUUCUGUGACAAGAGACAAGUUAGCCAAAGGAGCAAACUCCUUGGUGAGGUUGGAGUUCAGUUUUAGUUCUCAGACAUGACCUGAAAUCUGUCACUGAAGUGAAUUCUGGGUAAAAAUGAGACAGACGAGGCAUCACUGGUCCUUGACCCACGUUACUCUUACUUUGCCAGUGAGGCAUCAUGCCUGUAGUUGGGAUGUUUGCGUGACCUCACAUCUGUAAAGCACAGAGGACAUCAUCUUUGUAUAGCAGUUCAGUAAUGGCAGCUCAAAGUACCAGCCAGGUUAACCCUCCCAGAGCAAGCUCAGUACACCACCAAGCCUUAACCCACUCAAGGGCCAAGACGACACACAGAGCUAUGAAACCUGAGCUGAAAAAAUGGGAUCUGGCAAACAUUUUAACCCAUUUAUUCUUAGUGUGAAUUUUCUAAAAUAGAAGUAAAACAAAAAAUGUCUAUCUCUAUAAUCUGAUAAAACAGUUUUCCAAGUAAAUUCCCUUUUAUUCACGAGAACAGAAAUACUUGGGUACUAUAAAACCUUAAUUUCCCCAGCUUUUUAAAAUAAAAUGGAAUAUUUGCUGAAUGUAAUUAAGCAUAGAAAAUGUCAACCCGUCAGAAUUGUAUUUAUACAUAUUGGUGGAUAAGUUCCUGUCUUCCCACAUCAGAGAAUUAUUAUUUUUUUACCAAAUGGGCAGAAUAGCAUUUUGUAUGUGAGAGACCACUCUACUCUAGUCCUUCCCAACAUUCCUGUGUCAUUUAAGAGCGUUAGUAGAGGUCCCCUCUUUGGAAGUGGAGGGUUGUACUUUUGUUUUCCUUUGACAGUACUGCAUCUAAAGAGCACAGUAUCAUGACGGGGGUGAAAGGGAGGCAGAAGCCAUUUUUCUUUUAGAUAAAAAGCAUUCUGUGUGAUUGUUGUAUAAUAAAUUGAUUUUUAUGCUAAAA